AACAACAAAACACGCGCUCAUACUCUUACCAAGAACUCGCGCGGAGUUUAGAUAUUGUACACAUAUCUGUGGCGGGAGAUGUCGAACAGAGGGAGAUAAGACAAGAUAUCGUUGUUUUGAUAUUUAAAAUAAUGUCAAAAUAAAAUACGAUAGCAGAAAGAGUUGUGACAAUAAACGGCUUUGCUGGAAGACAACACAAAGAUGGAAGAUUUCGGAAUAUAUGCGGUUUUCGGAGUAAACUGUCCGCCUCAAAGGCUGCUGAGUGCUGAAGGUUCGUGUAGGGUGUCUGUUGCAGUUCCCCCGAGUGUCCGCCAGGUGGUGCUGUUCAGCAGCGGGCCGUGGGGGGAGCGGAUCUGCGUCAACGCUGAGCUCAACGAUGCUGACCGGUUCCCCAUCACUAUUGGAAAACUGACUCCAUAUAACAAGUGCCUGUCAUGGGAGCAGUGGGAAGAGGAGACCUGGACGGACAGCGUCACGCUGAAUGUCACUCUGGAAGGAGGAAACCUGGUAAAAGCAGAUUGGUCAGAGACGGAACUCCUGUCUGUAAAGGAAUACACACCAAAGGACAUUGUGGCUCCCCUCGCAGCCCGGGAGCUCAACGGCAAGAGGAAGAGAGAGCGAGUGUCGGAGGAAGACAGGGACGAGAAUAAGAUGACGACGAGUGGGCAACAGGAGAACGUGUGUCCAAAUGGCACCGUGGAGAAGACCACACCUGUGCGAAAGGCCACAGGUCAAACCAAGGGGGGCCAGAAGCUGUUCAGUAGUGGAGCAGAUGCAGCAAAGGUGAAGGGAACAGCUAAUGGAGCAGGACAGGUGCAGGGGAUUGUGGGAAGAACGCCUCCUCAGAGUGCAGCCAGGACAAAGAGUAAGCAGGCCAAGACUCCCACACAGACUGCCCCAUUGGUCAGCCCGUCAGGUCGCUGGGGUCAGACUCUGUGUCCCAUCGAUGCUCUGACAGCUAUUCUGAUUGGAGGCCAGGGAUCCAGGAUGCAGUUCUGCAAAGAUCCCAUGUGGAAGCUCUGCACAGAGGACAUGUCGUGGUUUGCAGCGGAGACUCUGGCAGAGGGUCCGACACCCGAGGCCAGGAUCGGCCACACAGCCGUCUACGACCCGGACUCACAGCGGAUCUUUGUGUUUGGAGGCUCUAAGAACAAGAAGUGGUUCAACGACGUUCACAUCCUGGACACACAGAGCUGGAAGUGGACCAUGGUGGAGGCUCAAGGCAAGGUCCCUCCUCUGGCCUACCACAGCUGCAGUAUGUUUCGGGGCGAGCUGUUUGUGCUGGGAGGAGUGUUUCCGUGUCCAAACCCAGAGCCAGACGGCUGCAGUGACUCGCUGUAUAUCUUCGAUCCCCACCUCUCCAUCUGGUACCAGCCUAUUGUAACUGGCGACAAGCCAUCCCCCCGCUCAGGCCACUCUGCGUGUGUGAUACAGGAGAGGAAGAUCUAUGUAUUUGGUGGAUGGGACACUCCUGUCUGCUACAAUGACAUGUACAUGUUGGACCUCGGUCUGAUGGAGUUUUCUGCUGUGAAAACAACUGGGAAAGCCCCCUCUCCACGAAGCUGGCAUGGCAGCGCUGUGCUCUCAGAUACAAAGUUCUUGAUCCACGGAGGUUACAACGGAAACAACGCUCUCAAUGACACCUUCAUCUUUGAUAUAGACACCAACAGCUGGACGGAGGUGACGCUCCCUCAGCUCUCCAUCCCCAGGGCGGGGCACUCCAUCAUCACCAUGGAGACAGACGGCCACCGGCGUUUCUCAGGGAAGGAUGAAGACGUGGAUAUGGACGCAGGCUCCGUCAGCAGACGCCUGCUGGUGUUCGGAGGCGGAGACAACGAGGGCAACUUCUACUCCGACCUGACGACUGUCGCCGUGGAGGAUCUGCUCGCUGCUAUUUAAAGAGAGUGAGUCAGAGGUGAAUCCUCACUCCCUGACUGCUUGUGAAGCCAUUUUAACACCCCCACAGAUCCUUUAUUAUUUAUAUUCCUAUAGUUUGUGUUUGUUUCCU